CGUCAAAAUCGAAACACACCUGUCCGCGCACGUUAGCCCAAGUUUUACUCACCCAGUGCACGUUAGUAUACGGUAAUGCUUCCCUGCAGUCACCACCAUGGUUCUCCCGAACCUCCUUUCUUUCCCAACCUUAUCCUACGCAUCCCUUUUCUAGGGUUAACGUUUGUUCCAUGCUUCGUUUCAUAAUUAGGGUUCCUUCAUUCACAUUGUAGUCGCUUUUCACCACAUGGAUCACAGAACGAAACCUAACAAUUCGUUCUCAUACUCCACUCUCUUCAAUCUCCAGUCUUUGAUCAACUUUGAACUUCCAGAACAAGAUGAUGAUUUUGAAUAUUAUGGGAAUAGUAGUCAGGAUGAGAGCAGAAACAGCCGAGGUGGGGCAGUUGCAAGUCAUAGUAAUGGGAAUGUGUGUGGGAGGGAUGUGAAUUUGUUGAAGAAGAGGAGUCGGUCUGGGAACAGUGAUAACGAGGAAAAAAGUGGUUUUCACGGGACACAUACGAUGGAAGAACGAUACCGAUCAAUGCUUGGAGACCAUAUUAAGAAAUACCAGAGGAGGUUUAAGGGUACCAGGAAUAGUCCUGACCCGAAUCAGGUUGUUGUUCCAUUUGCAAAAGCUAACAAUGGAUUAAAAGCUCACAAGCCGGGGAAUGAGCGUAGGAGAGGAUUGCUCGAUGAAGAGACUAUGUCUGAGUGGAUGAAUGGUUCAAAUGCUCAGAAAGCCGGGAACAUCCUUGAUACAGAUUUCGUACAGCAACAUGGUCCUGACAGGGUUAUGUAUGAACCUGCAUCUGUGAAUAUUGGGGACGGUGUGACUUAUAAGAUUCCUCCAAUUUAUGAUAAGUUGGCUGCAAUGGUGAACCUUCCAAGUUUCUCAGAUAUCCAUGUUGAGGACUUCUACCUUAAGGGUACAUUGGAUUUAGGCUCCUUGGCUGAAAUGAUGGCAUCUGAUAAAAAGUUUGGGAAUAGAAACCGAGCAGGCAUGGGGGAAACUGUAUCCCAAUAUGAAUCACUUCAAGCACGGCUAAAGGACACACCAGUUUCUAAUUCAGCUCACAAGUUCAGUCUGAAAAUAUCUGAUGCUGAUUUGAAUUCCUCCAUUCCAGAGGGGGCAGCUGGAAGCAUAAAGCGGUCUAUUUUAUCCGAGGGGGGUAUAUUGCAGGUUUACUAUGUUAAGGUUUUGGAGAAAGGAGACACUUAUGAGAUCAUUGAAAGAAGCUUACCCAAGAAACAAAAGGUAAAGAAAGACCCUGCGUUAAUAGAGAAAGAGGAAAUGGAUAAGUUUGGAAAGAUUUGGGUAAAUAUUGUUAGAAGAGACUUACCAAGGCAUCAUAGGAAUUUUACCACUUUUCAUCGAAAGCAGCUCGUUGAUGCUAAGAGGGCCGCAGAUAACUGUCAAAGAGAGGUUAAAAUGAAAGUUAGUAGAUCGCUUAAAUGGACGAGAACUGCUAGCAUGCGAUCCCGAAAACUAGCUAGAGACAUGUUACUAUUCUGGAAACGAAUAGAUAAGGAGAUGUUAGAAGUGAGGAAAAGGGAGGAAAAAGAAGCUGCUGAAGCUUUGAGGCGCGAGCAGGAGAUUCGAGAAGCCAAGAGGCAGCAGCAAAGGCUAAAUUUUCUAAUACAACAGACUGAGCUAUACAGUCACUUUAUGCAGAACAAGUCAAUAUCUUCAGAAGCUCUAUCCAUGGCAGAUGAAAAUACAAAUGAUGAAAAUGCACUGAUCAACUCUUCAGCUGCUGGUCGUAAUGAGGAGGAAGAUCCCGAAGAGGCUGAAUUGAGGAAGGAAGCUUUGAAAGCUGCUCAAGAAGCAGUUUCUAAGCAGAAAAUGUUAACAAGUGCUUUUGACAGUGAAUGCUUGAGGCUGCGCCAGGCUGGUGAAUCUGAUUCACUUCAACCAGAAGUUUCUGGAGCGAGUAAUAUUGACUUGAAAACCCCCUCCACCAUGCCCGUGGCAUCGACAGUUCGGACACCUGAAUUAUUUAAUGGCUGUCUCAAAGAUUAUCAGCUAAAAGGUCUUCAGUGGCUAGUUAAUUGUUACGAGCAGGGUUUAAAUGGUAUUCUUGCUGAUGAGAUGGGACUUGGAAAGACCAUUCAGGCUAUGGUUUUUUUAGCUCAUUUAGCUGAGGAGAAAAACAUAUGGGGACCUUUUUUGGUUGUUGCACCUGCUUCUGUAUUAAAUAAUUGGAAUGAGGAACUCGAGCGCUUCUGCCCUGAACUGAAAAUACUUCCUUAUUGGGGUGGGCUUUCAGAGCGGACAGUGCUUAGGAAAAGUAUGAACCCAAAGGAUCUUUAUCGCAGGGAAGCUAAAUUUCACAUUCUCAUCACAAGCUACCAGCUGUUAGUCUCUGAUGAGAAGUAUUUCCGACGUGUGAAAUGGCAGUAUAUGGUUUUAGACGAAGCUCAGGCAAUUAAAAGUUCCAACAGUAUAAGAUGGAAGACACUCCUCAGCUUUAACUGUCGGAAUCGCCUACUGCUGACCGGUACGCCCGUUCAGAAUAAUAUGGCCGAGUUAUGGGCUCUUCUUCACUUCAUUAUGCCAACUUUAUUUGACAGCCAUGAGCAGUUUAAUGAGUGGUUUUCAAAAGGAAUUGAGAACCAUGCAGAACAUGGGGGUACUUUAAAUGAGCACCAACUUAAUCGUUUGCAUUCAAUUAUAAAGCCUUUCAUGCUUCGGCGUGUUAAAAAAGAUGUAGUUUCUGAGCUGACUAGCAAAACUGAAGUGACCGUGCACUGCAAGUUAAGUUCUCGGCAACAAGCUUUCUAUCAAGCAAUUAAGAACAAGAUAUCUCUUGCUGAGCUGUUUGAUAGUAAUCGUGGACAGCUCAACGAGAAGAAAAUCUUGAAUUUAAUGAACAUUGUUAUUCAACUGAGAAAGGUUUGCAACCAUCCAGAGUUGUUUGAGAGGAGUGAGGGAAGCACAUACCUUUACUUUGGAAAGAUUCCAAAUUCCCUUCCUCCUCCUCCAUUUGGAGAGUUAGAGGAUGUAUAUUAUUCGGGUGGUCACAACCCCAUCUCAUAUGAGAUACCUAAACUUGUCUAUCAAGAAAUUUUGCGGAGUUCUGUAACCCUCAGUUCAGAUGUUGGUCAUGGUAUCUGCAGAGAAUCUUUUCAGAAGUAUUUUAAUAUAUUUAGACCAGAAAACAUUUAUAAAUCUGUCUUCACAGAAGAUAUGCAUGUUAAAAGUGGAACCUUUGGGUUUACCCAUUUGAUGGGUUUGUCUCCUCAAGAGGUGACAUUUCUGGUUACUGGUUCUUUUAUGGAGCGACUGUUAUUUUCUAUGAUGAGAUGGGAACAAAAAUUCAGCAAUGAAGUUGUAGACUUUCUUACGGAGACCAUAAUUGAUGAUCCGGAAUGUAGCUACCUUGAAGAAGGAAAAGUGAGAACUGUUACAAGAAUGUUGUUGGUACCAACGAGAUCUGAGACUAAGUUUCUUCAAAACAGAUUGCCAACGGGACUCAGCCAUGCUCCUUUUGAGGCCUUGGUUGUCCCACAUCAGGAGAGGAUUAUAUCAAAUGCAAGGCUUCUCUACUCAGCUUACACAUAUAUUCCAAAAAGUAGAGCGCCCCCAAUUGGUGCUCACUGCUCUGAUAGGAACUUCUACUAUAAAAUGAUUGAGGAACUACAUGAUCCAUGGGUUAAGAGGAUGUUUGUGGGAUUUGCCCGUACGUCUGAUUGUAAUGGGCCUAGAAAGCCAGAUGGUUCUCAUCAUUUAAUUCAAGAAAUUGAUUCUGAACAACAUGUCUGUAAACCUGCUCUUCAGUUAACACACAGUAUUUUUGGGUCUUCUCCACCUAUGCGAAACUUUGACCCAGCAAAAUUGCUUACUGACUCUGGGAAGCUUCAAACACUUGAUAUAUUAUUGAAACGCUUACGAGCAGGAAAUCAUCGCGUUCUCUUGUUUGCUCAGAUGACCAAGAUGCUAAAUAUUUUGGAGGACUAUAUGAACUACAGAAAAUAUAAGUAUUUUAGACUUGACGGAUCGACAUCUAUUCAGGACCGUAGAGACAUGGUCAGAGACUUUCAGCACAGGGCUGAUAUUUUCGUGUUCUUACUGAGUACAAGAGCUGGUGGAUUGGGUAUUAACUUGACAGCUGCUGACACAGUCAUAUUUUAUGAGAGUGAUUGGAAUCCAACAUUGGAUCUACAGGCAAUGGACAGAGCUCAUCGCUUGGGUCAAACAAAAGAUGUUACUGUCUACCGACUUAUAUGUAAAGAGACAGUUGAAGAGAAGAUUCUUCUCAGAGCUAGCCAGAAAAGUACUGUACAGAAUCUUGUCAUGACCGGUGGUUCUGUUGGUGGUGAUCUUUUAGCUCCUGAGGAUGUGGUAUCUUUGCUUCUGGAUGAUGUUCAGUUGCAGCAGAAAUUUAAAACUAUAACUGUCCAGGGUAGGGAUAAGCAAAAGAAAAAACCUAUGAAGGGUAUUUUGGUAAAUGAAGAUGGUGACGCAUCUCUGGAAGAUGUAUCAAACCCUGUAGCCAUGGGUACAACAGAUUAUGAUCUUGCCGUAGACCCAGAGGGAUCAAAAUCCAGUAAUAAAAAGAGAAAAACUGUUUCAGAUAAGAAAACUUUGAGACCAAAGAAUUCACAAAAGACUAUUGAAUUUGAUACCUCACCUAGGGACAACGAAUUGGAUGAUGUCCACAUAAAUACUGAUCCAGUCGUUCAGAGACCCAAGAGACCAAAGAGAACAAAGAAGAACGUGAAUGAAAUGUUUGAAGAGACUCUUACCGGGUCAGCUACCAAGGUCCCAGAGCAGAUCCAAUUUCAACCUCCACGUGAUGGAGGUUCCAAAAUAGAAUCAGGUCAAGACACCUAAUAUUUUUCAAAAACUGGGGAGUUACUGUUCUAUCAGCUGUGGAUUAACAGUUUUAGGGAGACUGCUAAAUUGAUUCUCAAUAUGAUCAACAAUUUCUGGUUCCCACUUUCUUGGUUUUCGUCUGACUGUAAGUAAUGGCAGCAAAGUUGAGUCAAGACAAACAAAGAAAUGCUGUAUAUAGUAGCUUGUAUAUUGUAGUCCUAUUGCUGGUUAUAGAUCUUCACCUCUUUCAGCAUAGUUGUACAGAUUGGGCUAUCAUCUCUAUCUAUAGUUAAUUUUUUGGUGCCA